GUGAGCCCGCCCAGGCAGAGCUGCUACGUCACGUUUGAGGACAACUCCAAAUUCUGGGUCCUCUGGAAGGACAUCCAGCACGCUGGAGUGCCGGGGGAGGAGCCUCGCUGCUCCAUGUGUCGAAAGGCGGAGCCAAACUCCGACAGCCAAUCAGAGCACAACAACCAGAUCCUGAUCUGUGGGAAAUGCGGCAUCGGUUUCCACCAGCAGUGCCACGUCCCUCCUGUAGAAGGCAGCGUCAGUCCCAGUCCCUGGUUCUGUAGACGUUGUGUCUUCGCUCUGGCUGUCCGGAAAGGGGGCGCUCUAAAGAAAGGUCCUAUAUCCAGAGCUCUGUCAGCCAUGAAGCAGGUUCUGCUGUACGAUCUGGACUCUCUGGACUGGGACUCUCAGCACCGAACCAACCAGCAGCAGUGUUACUGUUACUGUGGAGGCCCCGGAGAGUGGUACCUGAAGAUGCUGCAGUGUUUCAGGUGUCAGCAGUGGUUCCAUGAGGCGUGCACACAGUGUCUGCAGGAGGCCAUGAUGUUUGGAGACAGGUUUUACCUCUUCCUGUGCUCGGUGUGUAAUAAAGGAUCUGAGUAUGUGCGCCGCCUGUCCCUGCGCUGGGUGGACGUGGUCCACCUCGUCCUGUACAACCUGUCCGUCAGCAGCAAGAAGAAAUACUUCGAGCUGGAUGAGAUCCUCGCCUUCGUGUCUGCAAACUGGGACCACCUACAGCUCGGCAAGCUGUCCAACACUCCUCUGGCAGAGAGGGGGCAGCACCUGCUGGACGCUUUAAACAAAUACAAGAGCAAGUAAGGCUGAGCUCACCUACAGUACUACACCUGAACACACCUCUGUACUAU